GCGCGCCCUGACGUUGAGCAGACGUGUAGCACGGUCUCCCGGGAGACCGGGAAAGCCGUUCGCACUCGGAGUCGAGGUCUAGAUUAUUUUACUUCAGAGCUCCCUCAGUAUAUUUUGAGGAAUUAUGGAUCGUCACACCCCCCUGCAUGCAUUACCUGAAGAAAUCCAAAAGAUGUCCCCUGAAGAAAAAGUUUGUGAGUACUGUGGAAUCAGCUACCUAAUUCUUCACGAGUUUAAGGCUAUGGAAGAAAAAAUGAAAGCAAUGGAAAAAGAGAUGAAAUUUUAUCAAGGAAGUGUGGACCGUGAAAAGAGACUUCAAGAAAAGCUACAGUCCCUUAGUCAAGAUUUUGAACAGUACAAAAUUGACAGUGAAUCCAAAACAGAAAGAAUUCAAGAUGUAAGCAUGCAGCUAAAAAGUCAACAAAAUGAAUUUCAGAGAGUACAGAAAGAAGUGAAUCAUUUGCUACAUGAAUUAAAAAUUAAACAGAGACAAUCCCAAGCAUUCAGUCAAAGAUUGGUGGAGUACAAAUAUUUCUGGAAUAAGACUCUUUCAUUACUUACUUUUACUAAAAGGGAGCUAACCAGUAUUAAAAAUGAAGUAUAUGAUAAUUUUCAAAACUGGACUUCACUGAAAGGAGAAGUUUUUCUGCAAAUUAAAUCCAUAAGUGAAACAGCCUUGACAGAAAUAGAGAUACUAAAGAAAAGUUUGACAGUGUCCCAGAGAAAUAAGAUAUGCCUUGAAGAGGAAAUGAAAAAUCUGAAAUUGUUGUCAGAUGCAGCCAUACUGAGGUCUCAGCAGAUUGAGACAUCUAAACAACAGGAAGUAAACUUGCAAACCAGAUGCCAUGACUUGGAAAAAGAAGUAGUAGGUUUACAGUGUCAAGUAGAGACACUUGGGCUAAAACUUCAGAAGGCAGUGACAGAGAUUGACAACUAUAAAGAAAAGCUCAUGACUAAAUCUAAUGAAGCUGAUGACUGUCAAAGAGAACUUAGAAAACUGAAGUUUGAAUCCAUUAUUUCUGCGUCACGGCAUACCAGAUUGCUUAAAGAGAAAGAGGAUUCUUUAAUGGCUUGUCAACAAAUAUAUAAAACUUUACAAGAAGAACUGACUGCAAAAGAAAGACAAGAAGAAGACAUAAAAAGAAGAAUUAACUUUGCAGAAAAUGAAUUACAGAUAACCAAAACUCUUCUGAAUCAGACAAAGAAAGAGGUUGUAACACUGAAAAGUGAAAGGGAAUUCAUGCUGAUUUCACAUCAGAAAAGCAUCGAGCAGCUGCAGGAAACCCUUAGACAGAAGCUGCUGAAUGAUGAUAACUGGAGAGAGAAGAUUGAAGCUGAACUUGCCAAGGAAAGAGCCCAACAUUUAGUUGAGUUUGAGGAGCAAAUUCUGCUUUUUAAGGAAGAAGCUAAACUGGAACUUGAUAUUGAAAAGGAAAAACAUCAAGAAAUAAUCCAAAAAUAUAAGAAAGAACAAGAGGAACUAAAAAUGAAGAUAUCUGACUUAAUCGCAAGCGCUACUAGAGAUCUAAAGCUGGAAGUGGCCACCCUUGAAGAAAAACUCCGUGUAUCUCAUAUCCGAUAUACCGAAGAUUCUGAAUCAAAGGAGAAAGAAAUUGAAAACCUUAAAAACUUGGUUGCAGAAUUUGAAUUCCGCCUGAAGAAAGAAACGGAUAGUAAUGAUUCCAUUUCAGAGGACUUGAGGAAGGAAAUGAAGCAGAAGUCCGAUGAGCUAGAAAGAGUCGUGCUGGCGCAAACACACCUGAUGCAGCAGUUCAACCAGUCCCAGGAGCAGAACACUUUUCUUCAGGAAACGGUGCGUAGGGAAUGUGAAGAACGCUUUGAACUGACAGAGGCUUUGAGCCAAGCCAGAGAACAGCUUCUGGAGCUCAGGAAGCUCAGUGGAAGCUUCCCUUUGUCGCCGUGUUCCCUUAACCAGGGCCGCCUAACCUCCUCUGCUGCAGCGGUCAGUAACCAGGGAGAGAGAAGCCUCACAAGACUGAACUCUGAAAAAGGAAUUAAAAUUCCCAGCCUACAUAGAGUAUCAAAACCUACUGCUUCCCCAACCUCAGUUCAACCCAAGAGGGUCAGCAGCUCAGGUUUGCCCACUUUCCCCCAACCCCAUCCUCCCAAGGGUCGAGCAUCUUCAGUGAAUGAGACCAGACAAAGACUGGCUGCCAUUCUGCGGAGGAGACUGAGUCAGCAGUGACUGCUCCAGCCAGGAGCAGCGCCACGCAGCCCACGUGGUCCUUCCCAGACCAAGUGUAACCGAGGAUGACAAAGGUCAAAUUAUUAUCACAGAUCAAGAAUGCAUGGUUAUAGAUACCUUUAAUAGGAUAAUUGGAAAAACUAGGAAUUGUGAAGCCAUAUUUUCCAAGAAGACUUUGAAGUUGCAACAGAUAAUGAAGUUGGUAGUCCAGAAGGCCAAUUUCUACCUGUCUCUAUUGGAUGUUUAGAUGUGUUCUAUGAAUAUGCCCUUUUUGAGAUCAUAGGUAAAAAUUUUCACCCAUA